GCCGUGGGCAUCCCCGCCCCACUAACCAAGACGCUCCCAUUCCUUCUCAUCCCUACCCCAUCUCUUUGGUCUAUACCCAGGGAGGGUUCAACCCAAAUACAAACCCUCUCGACUCCCACACUGCCUACCCACAAUUCUCCAGUCGCCAGCUGGCUCACUGAAGUCACCAGACCAGUCACACUCACUCACCAGUCUUCCCUAUCGCUUGAAGUGUUUAAGAGUUGUCAAGUGUGGCUGCAGUUUACUCCUGAAAACGGACAAUGUACAAUGCUUAGGUGUGACUGUAAUUAUUUAGUGGCAUAUUGUGCACCGCUUUACUGUUAAACUAGGAAUUAAACUUUCUCCAUUUCUCCAUUUCAACAAAUACACCCGAGACGUUUACCGCACCAAAAGAGUUAGAGAACACGAAAGCAGCCAUCUUGUAUACAGUGUAACCUGAUUACAUCAGCAUGAGACUUCCGGAAACAUUGGCGUUGUUAGUAGCUCUUGGCUUACUGAUUGACACUUCAGCUUCCCAAAGCACUUCUGAAUCUCAGUUUCAGUUACCCGGCAAUUUAACAUUAAGGAAGUGUGCUUGUCAAGCCAGUCAAAUUGCAGGGACAGAAUGCGUGAACCAAGAGACAUACGUUUCUUUUUACGAUACUGCCCAAAACAGGGUUGAAAGAGUUAAUACCAGCAGCUUUUUAGAUGUGAUAGUUGGUGACAUUGAAUGUCGUGAAGGGCUGUUGAAAUUUACCCUUUUACAAAAUGAAUAUUUGCUUUUAAUAACAAAUGGUGAACUAUUCUGGCAAAAGGAAACUAGGAUAUUUCAAGAGUAUUGUCUUGAAAAUGUCGCUGAUGGCUUGCUUGCACGUGUGUGCUUAGAGCCUCCUGUGGUACCUAUAUGCUGUCCCCCAGGUCAUGUACUAGGCCCUAGAGACUCGUGCAUUAAUAGCUCCAACUCAGAGUCUUUUUCACCACCUCUUUCACUGAGUGGCGUAGCCCUUGGAGCAACUGAAGUGCUCCAAGAAUAUGUGAAGGAGAUAACGUGCACUGGAAUUGAGGAGGAACGUCGCGCGAUUUUGGGGACAGAGGAGGAGAGAUUAGAGUAUAGCACUAAACAGGCUCUUCUGUUGCACAAAGUCCCGACCUAUGAUCGCAUUGUCGAACCUGAAGAAAAUUAUUGCGUAGGUAUCGAUGAGUCAUCUAAAGGUACUCCUCAGUAUAUAGCAAAGUACUGUUACACAGAUCCCAAAGUAGAACAUCAUCAUACGUGUCAAAAUGUCACCUGUAUAAGGAAAUGCUGCCCUGCAAACCAUUUCUUAUUCCAGGCACAGUGUUUAGACUUUGGAAAUGAAGCCUGGCGACCAGCAUUUUUCGAAAAACAAUCUUUGGAAAAUGCGACUGAAGCCCCAGAAGAUCUGUUCACUGUGUAUGGGCUACCCUUAUGUGGCUCUUUCUUUGCCCUGAAACCACAUGAGAUAGACGCUGACACAUUGUACCUCCUAAAAGAUGGAACACUUCAUGUACCAAAACAAAAAGAUUUUCUUCCUGAUAGUUACUGUUUAGAAUCUAUGAUGGUGGACGAUGGCUCUUUCAAGGAGAUUGCACUUGUCUGUGAUGAACCUAACAUAGAAUGUGCAUGGAAGAGCGUUUUACAGACAGUGCUCUUGAGCUUGUCUUGCGUGUUCCUGAUAGUAACCCUUGCAGUUUACUUGGGUGUGGCUGACCUCAGAGACAGGACAAACGGACGCUGUUUGAUAUCGAUGAUUGCAGCCAUGUUGGCUGCGUACAUCAGCCUGUUGGUGAACAAUCGAGAAACCGAUCCAAGCGAUCUUCAGUGCGUGUUAAGAGGAUUUUUUGGUCACUUCUUCGGGUUAGCCAUGUUCUUCUGGCUGAACGUGAUGUGUUUCGAUAUGUGGUCCACACUCAGAUCCUCCCAGCAACAACACCAGAGCAAGAAAACAUUUCUGAAAUACAGCAUCUACGCCUGGGGAAUCCCCCUUAUCAUAGCCAUUGUAGCCAGGAUCAUGGACGUCGUUAGGCCUGAAAAUUUCAUCCUUCCCAACUUUUUGGAGCACAAAACAUGUUGGUUCGCAGUUUCAGGAAAUGCAGAAUAUUGGCUUUACUUCUCCGGCUACAUUUCUAUAUUACUGGUGGUCAACCUUUUCUUCUUCAUUCACGUGGCCAUAACUUUGGCGCGCAAACUUCAGCAGAGGCAGUCGGUUUUCGACAACAGCAACAGCAGAUCCAGCAACACGAACAAGACUAAAAAACAAGCUCUGUUGUACGUCAAACUCUUCGUCGUUAUGGGAGUCGUGUGGAUCGCUGACGUGAUUUCCAGCAUAGCCCACAGAAACACCUGCUCUAAUUACUGGAUUGCUUUCGAUAUCGUUAACGCGCUGCAGGGCGUGUUUAUCUUCCUCGUCGCCGUCUGCAACAGGGAUAAUAUGAAAAAGUUCCGCGGUGCCUGGAACCCACGACUAGAGAGCAUGCGCACGAAGAUUUCGACCAUAAGAGGAAAGUCGCCCAUUUCCCGCAGGAGAAGAACCGACGUGAGUCUAGCUACUUCAGAAACUUCCAGGAAGACUUCAGUGACUUCUCUCCCUCGGAAGAUUUCGAGCACUUCUGUACCCCAGUUCCCUUUGCAGGAGGGCGGCCACCGGGACAUGCGGCAUUGUAGCCCUCCGCCAAGGAAGCACUCUGGAGCCUCUAAUUUGGAGGCUUUUCCCAUGAAUCCUAUCGAGGAGUAGACAACUUCAUAGCAGGCAUCAUUUUGGGAUGUUUGUCUGUUUCUCAUUUCCAGAAUUUCAACCGCAAAGGGUGCUGUGUAGUUUAUAAGUCAUUCUGGAUGUUUAACAAUUAUCACAAGUACAGGCUCUAUGGUUGGUGACUCGGAGUUAUAACUCCGACCAUGUAUGAGUUUCAGUAUUUCAACUGUUUAUAUAAUCAUGUAUGAGCUUCAGUAUUUACAGAGCGUAUUCACUUUGUGAACUGUUGUUAAAGUCACAUUUAGAACUUCAUCACCAAGUUGAAACCUUCGGUGUAUAAUUUUUUUUCAGUAUAUUAUUCCAAUGCGUGAAAUUUCACAUAUGCUGCUUAUGGGACAAGUAACUAAACGCCCUCAUGAAAGCCAGCAUGAUCUAACUGUAAAGGAGGUUGCUGUCGACGAUGAAGCUGCCAGCUCAGUGCUCUUGUCCAUGGAGCACCUGUGACUCCUGCCUUCAAAAUGCGGAAGGAAGGAAUUUCUUCAUAUUAGAAUUAUGUAAGAGAAAUUCGUAGCCACGAGAGAUUUUUUUCACAAAGAAUUCCUGAAGAAUGGGUUGUGUAUUCAGGUUAAUGCAAUAUUUAUGGUGGCGCAUUUGGCAGUCGGGAAACUACAUACUGUAUAUACAUAAAAGACCCGUAGCAUUUGAAAGCUUGUAUAUUAGUCUUUGGUUGGACUUUUUCUUUGUUGCCAUAGCCAGUAAGUUAUUGUAAUUAUAGAAGUUAUUUUUUGUAUAACAGCAUGGUGUUACAAUUGAAAGUACUAGAUUCCACGUUUGUUCUAUGAACCGGGACAUUAGAAUGGAAAAUGUUCUAUUGCCUCGUCUGUCGUAAACUUGAGAGAGGUAUCUAGGAAGAAGGGAAUAUAUGAUAUUUAUAUAUUUACCUUUUAUCUGUUUUGAGUUAAAGUAGGUAAACAUGACAUUAUCUAAUCGUUCACAUUGAAUUUCUUUUGCAGAAUCUCUUAAAAAUUGUUAUAAUUUGCUACAAAACACUGAAAGCUAGUGACCUGAGAAUAAUUUGAAUUGAUGUGUUUAAAAUUAUAAAUGAAUCCCCAUAGCUUGAGUGAAAUUUUGCAUCGAAUAUUAGUUUCCAUAUUCAGGGUUGCGACGAAGGCGUGAGAAAGAAACAGUAUACAAACGUUACUGAUUUAUUCAAAACAACAAACAGAAGGAUCAAGGGCUCUUGCGAGUAUAAAUAUGGUGUCUGACACGAGGCGAAUAAAAUAGAGGUAGUUUGUUCGAGAAUGGUACAUAUAAUUCUAUAUACAUGUUACAGACUUCUGAUAAAUAUAGCUAGAAGCUGACAUUAUUUCAUCUUUUAGGUAGUAUACAUUUGACGUGACAUGAUUAUGAACGACAGUAUACAUAGAAAGGAUGCAUGAUAUCGGCCGUUUCUUAUAUGCUUGUGCUUGGCGCGUAUGUCAGGAGAGCUUGUGGUGAAGAGUGGAUGCCCUUAUGGUAUGAAUUCAGUCGGCCAGGAAAGGACUACAGUUGUAGGUCUGUGUCUGGGAGGUAUGGUGGUUUGAGGCAAUCGAUGGAGGCCAAGACAGUCGUACUGUUAUCUGGUAGGCCUUGUCUCUUCUUUGGAUAACCCGGUAGGGUUGGGAGAGGGGGCCUGUGUGUGUGUCCACUCUUAUGGUUGUCUAUACAGGACUUCUGCUGGAGAUAUAUUGCAUGCAGCUUGUGGUGAUAUUCUCUCGGGUCCAGUAAGACCCAAGGUAACUCCUUUCUCCAACUCCGCCUUAAUUAACAUAACAAUGAGUGAUGCUUUCAAUUGGUGUAGCCUUUUGACCAUGCCAUUGGUUUCUGGAUUGUAGGCCAUUGUGUGCACUAUCUUCAUCCCCAAACUGUCUGUGGAGGAGUUCCAUAAACUGGAUGUAAAGUACUCUUGUUCUGCUGUCAUUUACUUUUUGCAGAAGAAAACUGCGGUCAACAACCAUCAUCUGUGUCCUGCUCCAGUACCAUGCCCAUCACCUAGUUACACCAGUUGUCAAAGUGAGGGACCUGAAGGUUUGAAGAAAGAUUAAUGUGGCUGCUGAGGAUAUUUAUUAAACAAUUGUAUUAUUGGAAUCAAGAUUUUAGCAGUAUUGGGUAUAAAUCUAUGAUAGCUAUUAAUCAGUCAUGAAAAUUUGUCUACUGUUUUGAUUGUAGUUGGUGUCUAUCUGAUUGCUUUUAUACUUUGCUGGGAGGGGUUUGAUACCUGCCUGGUCUUAUUUGGUGUCACAGGACUCCCACCACUACAAGUCCGUUUUCUUUGAUUAUUUGUAGCACCCUUUUGACAUCUUUUAUGUGCUGCUUGAGGUUGGCGCUUAAUACAAGGAUGUUGUUGACAUAGAUGAUGCAGAAGGGAAGAUCGCCUAGGAGCUCAUCCAUUAGUCUCUGGGAGGUUGCCCCUGCGUUCCAGGCUGAAGCAGCUGUAAUUGAACGUGUAGGUGCCAAUGGGGGUGAUAAUUGCUGUCUUCUCCAAGUCUUCCUUCGCUACUGGAACUUAGAAGAAAGAAUCCCUUCAGCAGAUCUGUUUGGGUGAAGAUUUUGGUGCCAUUCAAUUGGUUUGUGAUGGUAUCAUCUAUGUUUGGCAACGGAUAUCUGUCAGGCUUCAUUUUAACGUUUAGCCUCUGACAGUCUCUGCAUGACCACCAUGUUCUGUUGGGUUUUGGUACCAUGUGGAGAGUGGAUGGAUGCCCCUGGGCUGGGGGCUUUGUGAUAUAAUCCCGCUUCUCCAUUUCCCUAAAUACCCUGAAUACUUGUUUGACAACAUUUUUCUGGGGCCAAAUGUCUGAAACAGGCAGGGACUGGGGAACCUUCUGUUUCUCUGUGGUGCUGGCUGUUGUUCUUUGCUGGCAUGGUUAAGUAGUGCUGCAGGUUGUCUUUAAAGACCUUUAGGAACUCCUGUAGGAGGCUGCAUAUUUCUGGUGGUGGGGUGGUAGAUGCAAUGGGUACAGUUUGUUGCAUCUAUUGUUGUGGUGGUGAUAUGGUGGUAGGUUGCUUUAUUAGUUGUUGCAGUGAUUAUGCAGGGUCAGUUUUUGGUAUCUGCAGUUUUGAUGCUACAUCUAUCAGCAGGUUGUGUUCUUUCAGUUAAUCUGCUCCUUAAAGUGCUAAUGUUACAUCUGCCAUGAUGAAUGUCCAGCUGUAGCCCUUCCCAUUGAAUGACAGUUUCAUGGUCUGCCUCCUGUACAUCUUGAGUGGUGUUCUGCUAGUAGUGGAUGCAUGGAUGUUGGUGGGUGGGGUGGGGUUGAGUCGUUAAUGCAGGCUGGCUGGCAUGAAUGAUUUGCGUGCCCCGGUGUCGACAAGGAAUUCUGUGUUUGACCUCUCUUCUCUUAUGAAACAGCAUUUGAACCUUUGCAUUCGUACCUGGAAGAAAGAGCAGAAAGCAGCAGCAGCAGCAGCAGCUUCUCUUACAAGGAAAACAGUGUUUUGGUUGCUGAUGCGACCAUCUUACAUGUCUUUUGAAAACAGGCGGCCUUUAUCACAUUUGCAGGCCUUUCCUCCAAAUUUCCAAUGGAAGAAGCAUGUUCCAUUUGGUGGUUUAUUUUUCUUCUGCCUCGUCUUUCUGUUGUUGAAUUGUUUUGGGGAGCUCUACUUGUGGAUGGGGGCUGCUGGUCCCUCUUGGUUGCUGUUGGAUUUCUUGUCAGUUGAUAGCUAGGACUGUUGUGGUGCUGCUGCAAUGGGUGGCUGGGUGGGCGCCGCUGUUUUGUGACGCAUGUGUACACAUGCGUCGACCAAUCUUAAGAAUUCUUCUAUGGGGAUGAUCAAGGCAUAGGGCAUGGCUGCUACAGUUUUAGGGGGGCUAGUUUUGUGAGGAGGACCUCUCUCACAAGGUGUGGGGUUGACUCAGGUAGGCCAUCUGUGGCGGCUGGCUGGGCUGGUCAUCGCCAUGGUUACCAAUGCGGCGAAGGCGUGAGUAAGAGGCAACAGCUACAAACUUAUUUAUUCAAAACAACAAACAGAAGGGUAAAACAACAAACGGAAGGGUCAAGGGCUCUUGUGAGCAGAAAUGUAUUGCCUGACAUGAGGUGAACAAAAUAGAGAUGUACGAUCAAGUGUUUGUUCGAGAAUAGAGAAUGGUAGGUAAUUCUAUAUACAAUUUGUGGACAACUCUGAUAAAUAUAGCUGGAAAGCUAACAUUGUAUUGCCUCUAUUAUGAAUGAUACAUAUACAUAAAAAGGAUGUACGAUUUCGGCUGUGUUUCUUGUAUGCGUGUGCUUGGCGCGUAUGUCAGGAGAUGCUUGUUGUGAGGAGCCUGUAUGGUACAGAGUUCGGAAAGCCAGGAAAGAUGGACGAUUGUGUAGGUCCAUGUGGAGCCCUACAGGGUAUACAAGCUUUUAAUGUCUUCCUAUACUAUAUUUUAUAUUAUUCAGUAUAAAAGUCCAAAUGUCAGAAUUAUAAUUACCACUGGCACGAACCCUGUUUUAUGUGGUGUAUGGAUAAAACACACAUAGACGUAGACAUUCUGUUUAGAAUCUCUUCACAAAAAGCGAUUUAAUGAGAAUUUUUGUACUAAUGAAAGAUUCACGGCAUGGGUUUAUAGGUUAAUUUAUGAAAAACGAAUUAGAACCGUUACUAAAAUUGGGUCAUAAUUCUAAACUAAAAAUGUAAUUCGGUCCCAUGAUGAUCUCAUUCGUUUUGCGGGGAGAAGUAAUUACAGUAGUAUUUAGAUUUUGUACAGAAAAGUUAACUUUAUGUUUACAAUUUGUACAAAAAGUUAUCGCUUUUAGAAGUCAGAGGUUAUAGCAAUUAUCGUAUGAAAUUCUAUGCACAGAAAAAACAAAUUAUUAAUUCGUAGCUUAUACAGAAAAAUUUGAAUUUUUAACAGGAUCUUUCACAUAACCGUAGUAUAUGCUGUGAAUUGAAAUUUAAUUCAUAAUACGUACAACGAUUAUUAACAUGCUAUUUUAUUUCCCUGCGCAUACAGAAUAUUCAAGAUUUUAUGCAGGAAAUUUUGUAUGAUGCCAUUACAAAUCACAGUUUAUUCAGAAAAGGGAGUGAUUACCAUAAUUCAUAGUAUCGUUUCUCCCUCAUCUUCCAAGAAGUCUGAUUUAUCCGUUUGAUGCGCAUUGCUCCUUUCAUACUCCCUACACACGGAUAUAGGAAAUUAAGUUAAUCUUUAUAAUGGCUAAUUAAGUAUUUUGGUUAAUGACUCCUUGCUACCCCUUAAAUGGCCUGUAGGAACAUUGCCGCCGAGAUACAGGGGUCUCGAAAUGCUCUUAUUAGGUGUCUGCUUUUUGGUAAACUGACAAUGUUUUUCAGUGUUUACGUUAUUGCUCUCUUAUGAAUGGGAAUACUCGCCCUAAUUGAGUUGUAGUAGAUUGGUAAAUUAUGUAUUUUAGUUAAUGACUUAUUUAUUUCUUAAAUGUCAUUUAUAAUCAUUACUGCCGAGAUGCUGUGGUUUCGAAAUACGUUACUUUGAAUUCUGGGUUUUUGGCAAUUUAAAAAAACAAAAUUUGUAUAUUUAGGAUUAUUCUUGUAUGGACAGGAAUAAUAGCGUGUCAUCUUUAAAUAUCCAGGCUAUAUAAUUUUUAUUCUUCUUUUUUUACGAAACUGAAAUAAUUAAAACCACAGUUAUCUUGUGAGUCGAUAGUCUGCUGGAAUUUUUUAUGACAGCAAAUUAAAAUUAUAUCAUCCCCUGAGGCUUUACAAGGAACAUUGUGAUCUGUGCUAAUUAUUGAUCUGUGCUAAUUAUUAUGUCUUAUCAUUAUGACUCUCUCUCAGUAAUAUUAUAAAGAUAGCGGCCAGUGUAUUUGUAAACCAUUGUUACAGAAAUACAUAUAAUUUUUUUAA